CAUGGAGCCCCAUAGGACUUCUUGGAGGACCCCAAUCCUGAGCAGGAGGAAGAGGGGGGAACACAGAGGACCAGUAAUCCCAUUAGGAUCCCAUUGGGAUCCAACGUGGAAGGUUGACAUCACAACAACUUCAGUUCAGCCGACCAAUAGCGGUGCCUCAUCGGAAUGCUGCCCCAUAGAGCCCCAUAGAGCCCCAUAGGACUCCUUGGAGGACCCCCAUCCCAAGGAGGAGGAAGAGGGGGGGGGAACCCAUGGCUCGACCCACCGACAAACAGAGCCAAGAGCAGAGGAAGAAGAGGAGGAGAAGGAGGAGGAGCCCGAAGAUCCUCCGCAUCCAAUGCAGCUCUUCAUUCCCAAGGCAGCGAUGGAGACGACCCCAAAGGGGAUCCCAUAAGAGGAAACCAUCCCGUCGUCGAUCCCAGCCAUCCCAAAGGAUGUCCAGCACCGCCAGGAGGGUGAUGAGCUCCUUUAUGGACAACUUCUCUAGAGGUCUCGUGAGCGACGCGGAUCAACGUCGGAGGCAACGUCGGGGUUCCUUCAUUGGGAUAUUAGAGCUGAGGGCGGCGGUGGACGCCAUGAUGGAAGGCAGAAUGGGGUUUUCUCUGCCCUAUAGGGAUGCAUUGCUUCCUAUGGAGCCCUACAUGCUGCUGUACCGGGAUGUGAUGCAGGAGAGCUACGAGACCCUAAUGUCCAUCGCUCAAGGCUUGGUGAACCCCAAAGGGACAUCGAAAGACACCAUGGGGCUGAAGGACAACGCUAUGGGGUCAGAAGAGCCCCUCAUUCACCCACCCCAUAACCCAACACCAAACCCAACUAUAGGAUCCAACAGACGGAAAGCCAAGCGACCCGAUAAAGCCAUCCCUAUUGGGGUCACACAUCCACCCCACACCUCCCCGACCCCAAAACCCAAUAGGGCCAAGCUGCCCCAUUUACGGGCUCGUCCCUUCGGCUGCCCCGAUUGUGGCAAGUCCUUCCCAUGGCCUUCCCAUUUAGAACGACACCACAGGGUCCAUACAGGAGAACGACCCUAUAGCUGCCCCGAAUGCGGGGAAUCCUAUAGCCAAAGCUCCCACCUCCUUCAGCAUCGCCGGACCCAUAACAGCGACCGACCCUAUAAGUGCCAACGGUGCGGGAAAAGAUUCGCCAUCUCAUCCGAUCUUAUGGCUCAUAAUAGGGUCCACGAGGCCCAAAAACCCCAUAAGUGUGGGGAAUGUGGGAAGGGGUUUGUAUGGGCUUCACAUCUAGAACGGCACCGGAGGGUCCAUACGGGGGAGAAACCCUAUAAGUGCCCUGAAUGUGGGGAAUCCUUCAGCCAAGGAUCCCAUCUAUCAAAGCAUCAACGGAGCCACGCGGUCGAACGACCUCGGUACCGUCAGAACCGAAUCGGACCGAAACCAUUGAGCUGCCACGACUAUGGGAAAGCUUUACGGGUCAACCCGACCCUAUUGAAACCCCAAAGGUGCCAUAGGAAGGAAGAGAAGCAUCGUUGUGGGGUCUGUGGGAAGGGAUUCGCGUGGGCAUCCCAUCUACAACGGCACCAACGGGUCCAUACGGGGGAACGACCCUUCCAUUGCGGGUUAUGUGGGGAGAGCUUCACCCAAAAGGCCCAUCUGCUUCAACACGGGAAGAUUCACCUCUCGGAGCGGCCCUAUAAGUGUAAGGAACGGCCCUAUAAGGACAACGGGAAUGGGUUGGAAGACUCGGCUCCGUUUACGGGUCGUCGGCGUUGCCGUAUGGACCUUAAGAGCUUUAAAUGUGGGGAUUGUGGGAAGGGGUUUGUAUGGGCUUCGCAUCUGGAUCGGCACCGGAGGGUCCAUACGGGGGAGAAACCCUAUGAGUGCCCUGAAUGUGGGGAAUCCUUUAGUCAAGGGUCGCAUCUAUCGAAGCAUCAACGGCGCCAUAGCCCUAAAGAGAACAGGGUUGGAGGGGGAGAGCCCCUCAGUGAGGCCCUAUUGGGUUAUGGGGUCCAACGGAGCCUGGAUGCAGACCUAUAACCGGGUUAUAGGGUUGAGUAGAGCCUCCAUGAGGCCCCAUUGACUAUGAGGUCGAGUAAAGCCUACAAUGGGUCCCAAUGGGUUAUGGGGUUGAGUAGAGCCUGGAUGCGGCCCCACUGGGUUAUGGGGUUGAGUAGAACCUGGAUGCGGCCCUAUAACCAGGUUAUAGGGUCGAUUAGAGCCUCUAUGUGGCCCCAAUGGGUUAUGGGGUUGAGUAGAGCCUGCAUGCGGCCCUAUAACUGGGUUAUGGGGUCGAGUAGAGCCUCUAUGCGGCCCCAAUGGGUUAUGGGGUUGAGUAGAGCCUGUAAUGGGUCCCACUGGGUUAUGGGGUUGAGUAGAGCCUGGAUGCGGCCCCAAUGGGUUAUGGGGUUGAGUAGAGCCUGUAAUGGACCCCACUGGGUUGUGGGGUUGAGUAGAGCCUGCAGUGGGCCCUAUAACUGGGUUGUGGGGUUGAGUAGAGCCUGUAAUGGGCCUUAUAACUGGGUUAUGGGGUUGAGUAGAGCCUGGAUGCGGCCCUAUAACCAGGUUAUAGGGUCGAUUAGAGCCUCUUUGCGGCCCCAAUGGGUUAUGGGGUUGAGUAGAGCCUGUAAUGGGUCCCACUGGGUUGUGGGGUUGAGUAGAGCCUGUAAUGGGUCCCACUGGGUUAUGGGGUUGAGUAGAGCCUGCAUGCGGCCCUAUAACUGGGUUAUGGGGUUGAGUAGAGCCUGUAAUGGGUCCCACUGGGUUAUGGGGUUGAGUAGAGCCUGGAUGCGGCCCUAUAACUGGGUUAUGGGGUUGAGUAGAGCCUGCAAUGGGCCCCAUAACUGGGUUAUGGGGUCCAACAGACCCUUCCCAUAUUGGGUGCCCAAAACCCCAUAAGACCCCAUUGCUGGCACUGCCCCAUUGGGGACACAGACCCAUCCCAUAUUGCCCCAUAGCUGCUGGCUUUGGGGUCUCAUGGGGCCGUAUCCUUGAGCCCUAUGGCGGGCAAUGCGCGUGGACCCCCAUAGGACGAAUCCUAUAAGUCCUAUAGGGUGGGAGCUAUUGUUAUGGGGCAGAGGAUGUCCUAUAAGGCCUUUAAGGUAGGCCAAGGCCUUCAAGGUAGGCCAAGGCCUUUAAGGUAGGCCAAGGCCUUCAGGUGGCGGUAUUAAAGCAGAAAUAGGAGUGAAAUAAUUAACAAAAACAUCUUUUUUGGGGAUAAAAACGCACUUUUUGGGGUAAUGAA